AUGGCACCAACUGUAAUGGCCGAUGAAAUUCUCUCUGACGAAUCAAGUUUCUACGGCGAUGAAGAUGAAACACACAGACUGGAGGCACAGGCGGCAGCAUAUGAUCCGGAGCCAUUCUGGGGAGAGUGCCAUCACAAUCUUCUAUCAACAAAACAACACAAUCUACGGGCUCCGCCUGCUAGAAAAUCAUCGUCUGAUGUGUCCAUGAGAGAUGCAUCCGCUUCACCAACAACCCUGCCCCACGACCGUCGCGGUGAGAAAGAGCCUGUGGCUCAAUUUCUCUCUCGUCUGCCACCAUCAACUACACAACUUACGUUUACAAGGCCUUGGAUAUGGAUGCACAAUCCCAAGGUCCCGUCUACCGAAGAUGGAGAUAUCCCCACCUUACUAAGAAAGGGCCGAGAGCUCCUUCAGGAAUAUGAGAACGAAAGUACCGUGCUGCGCGAGGCACACGAUAAAUCAGGCGCGAAGACUACAUCUGCUCUAACCCGCAAACUCAAUCCACUUCGACGAGAACUCGAGAAGAACAUCCUUGCCUUGGCACGCGAGACGGGUGUCACGCAUGGUAAGUGGAUGUUGUUCCCGACACCUGACCAGGUUGAUGCGUACUGGGAUGCGGUCGUCAAAGCGAUGGAGAGGGGUGAGCUUGGAGAUGUAGCCAAAGUCGCCCCGGAUGAUGGCUCCGGAAAAGCGCGUUUGAUCUGCGUUUACACGGCUGAUUUUGAGGAUACUGAGGAUGUUAAGCGUGUGGUGAAGAAACUGGUUGAUAUUGGGCUUGUGGAGAAGGGUACUCGACCUAUUUACUAUAAGUGCGAUGCAUACACUUAUCUUGAAAUUUCCUCGAAGAAUGAUUAUGGUUUGAAGGCGAGCAUGUUUUCGAGUCGGGAUGUGCUUGAGGGGAAGUGA